AUGCGACUUCACCACGGGUCCCUGGCCACGCUGGAGAGACAGCGCCUACCACCUACCAGAGAGAGCUCUUCAACCCCAGGCCCUCGGCGCCCCGCGGAGGACUUCAGCCUGAGCUCUGACGCAGAGCCAGAGGGCUCCCUGCGGGGCCGCGGCCUGAGCAGCCGGAACGUUGCCUCCAAGCGCCGCCCUCGGGAGCGCCCGGGCCGAGACGGCGGAAGCGCGGCCGCUUGGUGGAGCCGCACGUUCUGA